AUGCAGUCGACUACAUUCGCUACCGCGGUGCUGGUCACCAUCAUGUCACUGGCUGCUGUCUCCAACGCUGCCGGCAGCGCAUACGCCCUCUCUGACGACCUCUCAUACAAGAACUUUUUCUCAGCCAUGGAUGCCUACAACGGCUCGGAUCCAACCCAAGGAUUUGUUCAAUACCAGAGCCUCGCCCAAGCGGUCGACAAGAACCUCGUGGGCUACCUCGACGACACCAAGUCAGUGUUCAUGGGCGUCGACUACACCAGCAAAGACCCCAAAGGCCGCGCCAGCGUGCGCCUCGAGAGCAAGAAGACCUGGAACCAAGGCCUCCUAAUAGCCGAUAUCGCACACAUGCCCGCCAGCACCUGCGGUACCUGGCCCGCCUUCUGGCUGCUCGGCAAAGAAACCUGGCCCGCGGGCGGCGAAAUCGACAUCCUCGAGGGCGUCAACGACUACGACUCCAACAGCGUGACGCUGCAUACUUCGCAGGGCUGUAUGAUCAGCAACGCCUCCGCGCCUAAUCCCAACAGUGGCUCGACUGAAGCUGGAGCUUCCUUUUCGGGUACUAUAGGUACGGACAACUGCGACGUCCAAGCCCCCAACCAAGACAAGAACGUGGGCUGCAGCAUCCACGCGCCCAAAACCGCUCCCUCGCCCGCACACAUCGGGUCCUCAUCAGCCUCGUCCAACACUAACGCCCUCCUCCUCUCCUCCUACGGCACGCCCUUCAAUGCCGCCCGCGGCGGCAUCUACGCCCUCGACUGGACCGCGGACGCCAUAUCCGUGUACUUCUUCCCGUACGCCUCGCCCCUCUACAAGACCGUUUCCAAAUCCACAUCUCCCAAGCCGAGCACAUGGGGCGCCCCGAUCGCGCGCUUCGGCGCCGAAAAGUGCGACCUCAAGCAGCGCUUCAAGGACCUGCGGAUUAUCUUCAACACGACAUUUUGCGGGGAUUGGGCGGGGCAGGAGUGGGAAAAGAGCUGUAGGAAGAAGACGGGCGCGCAGACGUGUGAGGCGUAUGUGAGGGAUAAUCCGGGGGCUUUUGCGGAGAGCUUUUGGGAGGUUAGGGGGUUGAGGUGGUAUCAGCAAGUUAAGGGGAAGGUGGCUGCUGUGGCGGUGACGCCGAAGGGCAGGUAUGAUCGCCGUCUGUAG